AUGGCAGAGAUGACGUCCUUCUCUGUCCAGCGCGCCCUCUGCGUCAACUCUUGUAUCGCUGCGCGAGACACUACAUCAGACACAAUUGAACCCGACACAACACUCCACGAGCUUGGCAUCGAGGGCACAUCGCUCCAGGAAGCAGAUGGCACCCCACUGGAAGAGGCCGAGGUGCUGUUCUACGACUACAGCCCAGAUGUGCAAGACCUAACAGCAACAGCGCUCGUCACACAGGACGAGUACUUUCUCAAGAACAUCCUCGUCCCUUCACAGUACAGCAAGGACAAGACGGGCAAAGGAGGCGACGCCUCCAGAACAGCCGGCGCUGGCAGGAGAAGACAGCCCUCAGCCGCGUCUUGACCUGAGUGCGGAGCGUGUGCUUGCUUUAAGUGCGGAGCGUGUGCAUAGCGUGUGCUGCUUUGAAUGACGACGAGUGGGCUCAUAAUUAAGUAAACCAACACGAACCAAA